AUGCUGCUGUGGCUCGACGAGAUCGAGAGCCAGAUCCAGGUGACUCCUUUCGUCCGGCGGCCGCGGCUUCAGGAGUCCGCUCUGCAGGCUGCGCGCGAGGCUGCGCGGGAGGCUGCGGAGGCAGAUGGAAAGCCGGGCCCGGCGGAGCGCCGGCGACUGCAGGAGGCGGAGCUGGAAGCGGCCCGAGAGGAGGCCACCCACGCAGCUCUAGAGGACUGUGUAGUCGCCGAGGUUAAAGGCCGCGCGGCUCUGUUGCACUCCAUCGUUGAGGAGAUUGAGGAGGAGGCGUCGCUGCAGCAAGCGCAGCUUGCCAACCACAUAGGCGGCAUCCACAGGUCGAUGUACGCCCCAGGCGUGCCGGUCCUCCUGGCAGAAGUUGAGCUGGAAGGCCCCUGCUCCGGCAUCUCCGGCCAUGGGUGGCAUGCCUGGUAUGCCCGGAAUGGGCGGGCCGUGUGCCCAGUUCUGAAGUGCAGCGUAAGACUUCGUGGAAACCGCGGAAGUUGGGAAGGUUUGAGUGCCGAGUUUGGUGAGACACAAGGCUUACGGUGGAGCCUUCGGCGGCUCAGCCUCUGGAGCAUGAUGCCCAGCUUGGCGUCUCACGUGCGAAUGAGCUGCCCUGAGAUCUCCCAGCACAUGAGAACCGAACUCUGGGAGGUUUUUCAGGCUUCGCAGUCCCAGCUUGCGAACCAGCAAGGGCAGCUCUACCGGUCAGAUGCUGAGCACGAGCACCAUUGUGCCACGCGUUCCUCCUGCUUUUCUUUCUGCGUGAGCUUGGGCAGGACCCGGUUCUUGCCGCCUGGCCACGUUGUCGCAGCUGUCGCAGGUCCCAUGGUGUUCAAGGCAGCCGGUGCGAGGCUUUUUCAAGCCAACUUCGGGAAUUCACCCGAGUCUUCGCAGCGUGACUCCGGCUCAAAGGAUUUGCUCUGUGCCAACGCGCCAGAAGGAGGUCAAGACGUCGCCAUCUUCGAAAGCACUGGAAGAUGGUGCAGGACAAACCCCGAUGACCACCGGCGGACUCAGUUGUGGGGAUCCCUCGCCAUCCAGCUGGGGGUCAUCGCCAACUUCUCCAAUCACAGAGGUCAAGACGUCGCCAUCUUCGAAAGCACUGGAAGAUGGUGCAGGACAAACCCCGAUGACCACCGGCGGACUCAGUUGUGGGGAUCCCUCGCCAUCCAGCUGGGGGUCAUCGCCAACUUCUCCAAUCACAGAGGACUGGAGCUAGACGAUGAGGAGACUGAUUCAACAUCGGUAACAUCGGCAAAGGCAGCGAAGAUGCUGCUGUGGCUCGACGAGAUCGAGAGCCAGAUCCAGGUGGCUCCCUUCGUCCAGCGGCCACGGCUUCAGGAGUCCGCUCUCCAGGCUGCGCACGAGGCUGCGCAGGAGGCUGCGCGGGAGGCUGCGAAGGCAGAUGGAAAGCCGGGCCCGGCGGAGCGCCGGCGACUGCAGGAGGCGGAGCUGGAAGCGGCCCGAAACGAGGUUAAAGGCCGCGCGACACUGUUGCACUCCAUCGUUGAGGAGAUUGAGGAGGAGGCAUCGCUGCAGCAAGCGCAGCUUGCCAACCACAUAGGCGGCAUCCACAGGUCGAUGUACGCCCCAGGCGUGCCGGCGAUGACCAUGCAAACGCAAGUGCCGCAGCAGGGUGCCCCUCUUCCGGCAUCUCCGGCCAUGGGUGGCAUGCCUGGUAUGCCCGGAAUGGGCGGGAUGUAUGGCGGUGGCUCCUAUGGUCCCAUGGGCGCAAACGUCGGUCAGGCUUACGGUGGAGCCUUCGGUGGCUCAGCCUCUGGAGUUUUUCAGGCUUCGCAGUCCCAGCUUGCGAACCAGCAAGGGCAGCUCUACCGGACCCGGUUCUUGCCGCCUGGCCACGUUGUCGCAGCUGUCGCAGGUCCCAUGGUGUUCAAGGCAGCCGGUGCGAGGCGCUAA